ACUUUUGCUAUUGCUAGUGGUUGUGGGUGAAAUACCAGUACCAGCAAGAGCGGUGGCCAUGAGUUGUCAAUUCUUAUCUUCAUCUGGAACUGCAAUUAAGCUUCCGAGGAAGAAAGUGAUGAGCAUGAAUGUUAUUGGUUGUUCUACUUCCCCGAUACCCAAUCCUGUUUUAAGACCGGAGUUGUCAAUCCGUGUCGGAACUCGACUCAUUCCACACCCGAAAAAGGCUGACAAAGGCGGGGAAGAUGCUUUCUUUGUGAGUGGUUACAAUGGUGGCGUUAUGGCUGUUGCAGACGGUGUUUCAGGAUGGGCAGAAAAAGAUGUGGACCCUGCACAAUUCUCAAGAGAACUUAUGAGAAGAGCUUCAUCUUUAGUUGAUGAUGAAGAGGUUAAUUAUGAUCCUCGGAUUCUUGUAAGAAAAGCACACGCUGCAACCUCAUCCACAGGUUCAGCUACUGUAAUUGUUUCUAUGCUAGACAAUAAUGGGAUUCUUAAGAUUGCUAAUGUUGGAGAUUGUGGACUUCGGGUUAUUCGCAAAGGUCAAAUAAUAUUUUCCACUUUCCCACAAGAGCAUUAUUUUGAUUGUCCGUAUCAGUUGAGCUCUGAGACCGUCAGCCAAACAUAUCUCGAUGCCACGGUUACUAGUAUUGAUAUAGUGAAGGGGGACAUCAUAGUAAUGGGUUCAGACGGGCUUUUCGAUAACGUGUUUGACCAUGAAAUAGUAUCAACAAUUAAGGAACAUAAAGAUGUUGCGGAGACGGCUAAGGUAUUGGCUGAUCUUGCUUACAAGCACUCAGUGGACUUCUACUUUGACUCCCCAUUUUCAAUUGAAGCAAGAAACAGACCGCUACUUUCUUCUCCUUCUUCCUGUCUCUCGCUGUUCCCUCAGCCGCUACUGGUUUACAGCAGAAAUUCCGGCAGAGGCGUCGGAAUUGGCCGCCGCAGGUCGCUAUACGAUCGAUAUGUGGUCGAUAAGUGCCAACAGGGGCUUGAUGUUCCAUGGUGGAAAAAGGCCUUGGGGCAGAAGCUAACAGGUGGAAAGAUGGAUGAUAUAACUGUAAUUAUUGGUGAAGUGAGUCAUGGGGGAUCUGAGAUGCCGUCUAGUUCAUAACUGGCUAAAAGGAUCAUGGUCGGAAUAUGACUUGCCUACAACCCGGCAAUAGUUUAAAUGCCACAGAAGUUGAUCCGCGGGUCAGCAAUAAAGUGAUGCAAAGUUCUUGUUGUAAUUGUCAAUUUCAAAAACCUUGAAAACACAAAUCGUACGUUAAACAGUAAAUUUUCUUUUUUUUUUUGAA